AUGAGAUUCUUCGCGCUCGCCUUCCUCUUCGCCCUCUUCGUCCUCGGCUCUGCCUGCAUCGGCGGAAGCGGCAGCCAGUGCUGUCCACAAGCUCAGCCGUCCUGCGGCAAUCCAUGGUUCGUUCGUCAGCUGGCCCCGAUCGCCAUCUGAUCCUUUCCAUCUUUACAGCGGAGCAGGAGUCGGUCCAGCUCCCGUCGGACCCGUCGCCUACGUCGCUCCUCCACCAGCGUAUGGUCCUGCAAACGCUUAUGCUGUUGGAAAGUAG